GUCCCCAUCCGUCCUACUAUCGUGUAUUCCGAGGACUGUUGAACCACAUAACAUACACUCUUCUUGCUCCUGUCCUAGUCUCGUGCCAUGUUCGGGUCGUUUGGGAGCAACAAUCAAGCAAGUACCGGUGCCGGCAUGUUUGGGAACACGAACCAACAUCAGCAACAGCAGCAGCAACCGACAGCAGGUCUCUUUGGUGGCGCGAAUCCACAAAAUACAUCGGGAGGUACAGGCGGUGCGCUAUCUGGAAACACGCUCACUCAGCCUUCAAGUGGGCUCUUUGGAGCUACCAAUGCAUCCCAGCAGCAAGCAGCAGGAGGCUUAUUCGGAGGUGCUACACAGCAGCAGCCACAGCAGAAUGCGGGUGGAGGACUCUUCGGUAACGCAGGCACGGCGAACGCCACGAACACGACAGGUACUGCUCCUUCAGGCGGUCUGUUUGGCAGCACCGCGACGCAGCCCACAGCAGGCGGGGGGAUGUUUGGAAACACGCAAAUGAAUGCGUCUGGAACGCCGGGUGGUGGCUCAUUCGGCAAUACCUCGCACACGACGAACACGACAGGUGGAGGCUUAUUCGGAAACACCCAGCAGAAUACUACAGGAACAGCUGGUGGUAGCCUGUUUGGUAACCCGUCGAGCACGUCGGCGAAUACGGGUGGUGGGCUGUUUGGGAGUACUGCGAAUAAUAGCACCAGCACCACAGGAAAUCCAUCAAAUUUCUUUGGAAACACCACUUCGAACAACACCCCUUCGCUCUUCGGUCAAACCCAGCAGCAGAAGCCCGUCGGUUCGCUAUUUGGCACACCUACACCCCAGCCUUCCGGAGGCUUACCGUUCGGCCAGUCGUCAACACAACAACCGAAUCAGCCUACAACCGGCUCUCUUUUUGGACAACCCACACAGCAGCAGCAGCAGCAGCAACAGUUUCAAGGGUCGCUCUUCGGCAAUCUGAACCAACCACCGGCUACAACAACAGGUGGCUUUUUCGGUAACAGCACUCUUGGCGCAUCUACACUUGGAAUAUCUACACUUGGAGCAUCGACUCUCGGUGGUACAAACGUCGGUGCUCCAUCGCUCGGAGGGAGUCUGCUAGCUUCGCGAACGACCGCCAUCCCACUACAACAACAGCAGGAUCCGCAGUCCCAAUUCAUCGCGCUUAUCCAGCGUAUCGAGGGCGUGAAGCAGGCUUGGGACUCUAGCUCACCACAUUGUCGAUUCCAGCAUUAUUUCUACAACCUCGUCGACCCCGCACAAGUACACUUCUACGGACGCCCAUCAAACGCGGUGAACGAUGCGCUGUGGCAAAAGGCUGUCCGGGAGAACCCAGAUCCAGAUUGCAUGGUCCCCGUUAUUGCCGUCGGCUUCGACGAUCUGCAGCAACGUGUAGAUGCACAGACCAGGGCCGCAGCGCAACACCAAGAAAAGCUAAAGGAGCUGAAAACUCGCCUCGAAGCGCUUUCACAGCGGCACCAGGUGACGAACCUCGCUCGGCUGCGGCGCGCACAGGCGCUGCAAGCGCAGCUGACGCACCGUGUGCUCCGCAUCACGCAGCAUCUGCACCUGCUCGUGCCCGCCCUGCGCUCGUCGUCGAUUCGGCCCGAGGAGGAGGCUCUCCGCACCGCGCUCGAAGAGCUCGACGAGGACGUCCGCAGGCCCGGCGGCCUCGGCAAGAUGCGCUCGAAGCUGAACGAGCUCUGGGCACUCGUCGACGCAGUGCGCGCUGCGCGCGACCGCGACCGCCAGGAAGGCACUGUCGAGUGGGCGGUCGUGGACGAGGAUGGGCUCGCGCGGAUCACUCAGGUGUUGGGGGAGGAACAAGCUGGGCUGGCGUAUGUGACAAACAUCCUUCAGCGCGACCUGAAAGACCUGGGCAUCGUACUUGGCGUGCCUGUGAAGGAAGAGGAGCCGAAUGCGUUAUCAGGCUCAGCGACAGUGUUGCGAGGGAGCCUCAUGCGAUGAUGCAUACUUGUGUGUUCUGCAGUGACGUUGCUCAUGUACAUUGCAUAUACGUCAAGGUUGUUAGUUGUAAGUAUGAAAAGACAAGACAGAAAAUAAAGAUGAC